CUCCCGCAGUGGCCAUAUUUGUUGAUGUGUCAUAUCAAAGUGACUUGUUGGGGCUAUCAGCUGGUAAGGUAGAAAGCCCAAAGUUAACUCUCAUCCCAGUCCUCUCCGCAUCGAAGUACACCAUGGGAUUUUCGGUUUCGAUUUAACCAGAGAGGGACCGUGGAAAAGCCUGGUCUGCCUCCGAUACACACAUGAUGGAAGGAUCGGAGGUUGAGUCUGUGUUGGAGGAAUUUCCCCCGGUGAAUCCGCCUCACAACAGCACAUCUAACGUUGAAGAGGAGGAACAAAUCUCUGACAACAGUGCAGACGAGACAGAAAAGUGCAGUCAGGCAAAAAAUGAAGCGGAGCUCGACAGUGAUUUAAUCAAGACUACGACAGAUGUUGAGGCAGAAAUUAUGUCGGAAGCCCAAACAUGCAGUCAGCAGCAUGAAGAAGGGAGUGUUGCCGGCUCUGAUAGCAGUACAGUUUCCAUGGAAGGCUGGAUCCCGUCAGUUUCAAACGAGGCUGGUGGAGCUUUGGAAGCCCCGGUCACCACUCUGGAGAACGUGGUAGAUAGCUCUCCAUCUGUUCUUGAAGGUACAAUAGAAAGCUUAUUGACUUUUGAUGAAGUGGAGGAUUCUCUCGCUGCCACUCCGAACGGCAAUGAGCAGCCAUUAGUCUUGGUUACAAAUAGUCCCACGGAGCCUCUGCCUACUGAUGACAGUGGUUCAGCUGAGAGUCCAUCAUCCUCUUCCGUCCAUAGCACUUCCAAAAGCUCCCCUACCGACUCAACAACCACCUCCGGCUUCUGUAAUGGCCCUACUUCCCCCAUGUCCCCCAACUCCUCCCUUGCUUCCAGCCCACAAACCAGUGCCAACACGUCAGCCCCCUGUCAUUCCCUAUCCAGCCCAUAUGACACUGAUUGCAGCCGAAAGCUCAUCUCGCAGGUCCAGCGCUCGCUGUCACAGGAGUCACUGCUGGAUGAGUUGGAGUCGGAGCUGCUGGCUUGUCAGCUGCCUGAGGGGGAAGAUGGAGGUGAGAGGAAAGGGAGCCCGCCUGUCAAUGGACUCCCUAAAGACCAAGAGGAUUGCAUGAUGGUCUUUGAAAAGUGUGUACAAUACAAGUAUGCACAGCAGGAGAAAUCUAUUCAGAGGCUGCUCGAGGAGAACAAGAGGCACCAGGAGCUGAUCCUGGGUAUCUGUUCAGAGAAGGACAACAUGAGGGAGGAGCUGAAAAAGAGGGCAGAAACAGAGAAGCAGCACAUGGCCACUAUUAAAAAGUUGGAGGGCAGGGUGGAGGAGCUGCUGAAAGAACUUAAGGAGUCGCGGGAUAAACUAAUUCACCAGGACCAGGCAGCUAAGGCCGCCCUCCAGCAGAUGCAGAAAGAGAUGUCCUACAGGAUUGAACAGGUGAACAAGAAGUGUGACGAAGCACGCCAAGAGAAGGAGGCCAUGGUGAUGAAAUAUGUGCGUGGGGAAAAAGAGGCCCUGGACCUGAGGCGGGAUAAGGAGAGUUUGGAGAAGAGGCUGAGAGAAGCCACCAAGGAGGUAGACCGCCAGGCCCUCCGAGGGAACCAGCUGGCUCAGGAGAAAGGUCGACUGCAGCAGCUGUAUGAAGCUAAGGAAGGCGAGGUUAGCAGGUUCACUCGAGAGGUGGAAAAGCUGAAGGAGGAGAUCAACUCACAUCUUAUCAAGGUCAAAUGGGCCCAGAACAAACUUAAGAGUGAGGCGGAUGCACACAAGGAAACUAAAGACAAACUGAGAGAGACCACUUCCAAGUUGGCCCAGGCCAAAGAAGAGACUGAACAGAUCCGCAAAAACUGCAAGGACAUGAUCCGAACAUACCAGGAAUCAGAGGAACUAAAGUCCAACGAGUUGGAUGCUAAGCUGAGGGAGACCAAAGGAGAGCUGGAGAAACACAAGCAGGAACAAACAGACCAAUUAGAGGUGCACCGAGUGAAGGCCAAAGAGCUGGAGGACCUGAAAAGGAGUUACAAAGAGGGCAUGGAUGAGCUCAUUACUCUACGAACCAAGUUAAAGUGUCUAGAGGACGAGCGUCCACGCUGGGAGGACGAGCUGAGCAAGUACAGGGAGAUCAUCAACCGGCAGAAAGCUGAGAUCGGACGGCAGAGAGACAAGCUGGAUGAGAUCACUUCGCUCCAGGAGCAGAAUGAGCGUGAUAAACAGGAGAUCACGUCAUUCCGUGAGGAAGUGGACAGUCUGACAAACCAGAUGGCCGACCUCCAGCGGGAUGUACAAGGCAGCAGGGAGCGUGAGGCUGAGUUACUGGGAUUCACCGAGAAGCUGAGCAGCAAGAACGCCCAGCUUCAGUCCGAGAGCAACUCGCUGCAGUCUCAGCUGGAUCAGCUCAACGGCAGCUUCACAGAGCUCCAAGCAAAGCUGGAGGAGACCAACAGGCUACUAGAUGACAAGUCACGGCAGCUGAAACAAGAAGAGGUGCUGAGGCAGCAGGAGGUGCAGGGCCUGCAGGAGCAGCGGGCAGCACUGCAGACAGAAAUGGCUCAACUAAAAACCAGAGUUGAAGAGCUGAGGGACGAGCUAGUGACUCAGAAAAGGAAACAAGCUGCCAACAUCAAAGACCUGACGAAACAACUAACACAAGCCCGUAAGAGGCUGGAGCAGGUUGAAAAUGGAGGCUGUGACCGGGAUGUCAGCAGUAUGGGCAGUCGCUCAAGUUCCUCAGGUACUGCUCCUGGAUUUGGCUCGUUGAAUGCACGCCAUGGUGGGAGCAGUGGUGUUGAAGAGCGGGUGCCGGAGAGCCAGUCGAGUCCUUCAGUGGUGGUCGUGGACAGCUUCCCAGAGGUCGACAAGACCGUGCUUGUGGAGCGAAUUGUCCGUCUGCAAAAGGCCCUGGCUCGCAAGCAGGAAAAAAUCGAGUUCAUGGAGGAUCACAUCAAGCAACUGGUGGAGGAGAUCCGUAAAAAGACCAAAAUCAUCCAGAGCUAUGUGCUAAGGGAGGAGUCAGGGGCCCUCUCAUCAGAGGCGUCAGACAUUAACAAGGCCAACCUGAGCCGGCGGGGCGGCAUCAUGGCUUCGCUUUACACCUCCCACCCAGCGGACAGCGGGCUGACCCUGGACCUGUCACUGGAGAUCAACAGGAAGCUGCAGGCUGUGUUGGAGGACACGUUGCUGAAGAACAUUACUCUGAAGGAGAAUCUGCAGACUCUGGGGUCCGAGAUCGAGAGGCUCAUAAAACAGCAGAGAGAUCCUGAGGACGGUGUGAGGAGGAAGUGACAAAACCCUGUCACGGGAAAGAGGAACUAAAGGACCAUGGACUACGAAAGGAAAACUCCAAGUGAUUUUUGAAGGGACAGUAACAUUUAAGAUGCGCACACAGUCAUCCUCCCAACAUAUGAAGGAGCAAAGUGAAUGUUGUAAGUGCCAGUAGCACCUCACGCUGCUUUUCGGAGGACCUCUUGUCCAAUUGGAGGACGUGUCUGAACUUACUUGAACUGUCGUUAUUCCAUCCACAUUGUCCCGCCUCCUCUGACACAACUAAUCUUCCUCUGGCUAACGUCCGUCUCCUCUGAGCCUUGCCAAGAUAAAACUCCCCGGGCCAGCUGCUUCGAGCUUGAAAGUCUGCCUUGUAAAUUAAUAAACUGAAGAUGCCAUAUUUAUGAAUGUAUAGCAAAUUCUACCUGGGGAAAAAAUGUCAAAAAUAAUGAUUUGCCAAUGAAUUUAUCCUAUAAAAAAAGACAUAUCUCCUCAAAGCGACUCACAGCUCUGUCCACCGUACAGUAAGUAAACGGAAAUGAGAUGAUCAUCACCUCACAGCAUGCUUUCUCCGCUCGUGUCCUGAUGUCCAUCUGCCAAUAAGCCAAAUGUAUUUUUGAGAAGCUGCUUCUUCAGUUCGACUACAGAGCACUCCAAGAAGCAAAAGUGGGAAAAAAACAGAAAAAAAAUCAGCUUGUUGGGGGGAAACUUGUGUGCUACCUGCACAUUUUUCAUCAACUUUUGCUCUGCUCAGCACUUAUGACUGGACUAGUGACGCAAGGUGCUCCGCAUCAGCAGACCCACCCAUCUGUGUGACACCGGUGCUAGACUGAAGGAGUGUUUCAUGCAGCCAACAGCACUAUGCCAUCAGCAUGGAGGUAUCCUGUAAACCUGAAGGAAAGUCAUGUCAAGUAUAAUAUCACGUUUAGGUUGAAAUUUAGAGCUGGUCUUGAGUUUGGCCAUUUUGAAUGUGAUUAUUUUAUUUAUUUUCAUUUCUGUCGGCUUUAAAUUUUUAUUUGUCCAGUUAUCUUUUUUAUGUUUGCAUUUUCACUUUAAAAAGCUUUCUUUUAACAUUUUUGGUCUUUGCUUUUAAUUUAAAGGGAUAUUCGGAUUUGGAGUUGUAUGAGGUACUUACAGUCAUGGAAAAAAAUUAUUAGACCACCCUUGUUUUCUCCUUGCUUUCUUGUUCAUUUAAUGCCUGGUACAACUAUGGGUACAUUUGUUUGGACAAAUAUAAUGAUGACAACAAAAAUAGCUUCAAAGAGUUUAAUUUAAGAGAUGAUAUCUAGCCGUUUUCCAUGGUUUUCUUGAUAACAAAAAUCAUUAUCAACAAAACCAUGGAAAAUGGCUAGAUAUCAGCUAUUAAAUUAAGCUUAUAUGAGCUAUUUUCUGUUAUCAUUAUAUUUGUCCAAACAAAUGUACCUUUAGUUGUACGAGGCAUUAAAAUGAACAAGAAAUUGAAGAAAAAAUGGUCUAAUAUUUUUUCCAUGACUGUAUCCAUAGUCCGUAUAUAACCUACAGUAGAUGGCGGUCAGUUUGCCCCCAUGUUUGGUUAAGCACAGUUUGUAUGUACACUACAUUAAGAUUAUUUUUCCCACUUUACCUUGCCGUCAGACUCUUCAAAGCCACCAGAUUACAUUGACAAAAACAAUAAUUUUACCAUGCAGAACACAGGAGUUCCAGGUCCACCGCUGCCUCAAUCAAUUGGUCCGUUGGUGUUAUUGUAGGACUUUGGUGUUUCUAAAGUCACACAAUUGCAGGAACAAGAAAAGCACUCAACUGCCAUCCACUGUAGGUAAUACAAUAACCUCAUACAACCCCACGUCAAAAAACAGAACUAUCCCUUUAAAAUAUUGAAUACCUUUAAUAUUUUUGCUUUUUUUCUGCAUGAAUCUGAGUGUUUAAUACCAACUAGCAACAACUUCCCUGAAAGUGGUUUAUUAGCAUCAUUAGCAUUCAUAUCAAACAAUGGGUGCAGAGAUGCUAACUAGAAACUUUCUUUGCACCAUGUAGUGAGAGGAAAAAGACAAAAAUGUUAAGGUCUUCUUCACACACUCCUCCUUUUCUUCGUAGCCUCACUGAGUCCGUUGAAGUAAAAUCAAGUGUAGAAGUAUCAAAGCAGUUCUGUAGCUGUAGCUCAGGAAAGCCAAUGGAACCUACAGAAAUAUUUCCAGGGACAAAGUGCAAUUCUGUUCCUCUCAUUGAUUCCUUUUUUUUUUUCUAUUUUGUCAUCUUUUUUUAAAUCUGAAUAUAUUUGUGCGCCAGUAUACUGUUUUACAUGUCUGUUUUUAUGCUUGUGUACGUGCAACAUGCGACCGUGCUGGUGUUUGACUAUUUAAAAGUGUCCAACUUGUGUGUGUGUGUGUGUGUGUGUCUGCGUGCAUGGCUGCAUGUGUGCCUUUUCCUAACCUCUCCAGCUUUCCUGUUUACACCUCGUGUACAUGCUUCGGCAGUCUGGUCUUAUGGGCUUUCACCAGAUUGACCGUGAAGUUUGUUUCAUCCAGGAAGGUAAACUUUAUUUGCAUUUAGACCAGAGUCUGUCAGCCACACACACACACACACACACACACACACACACACACACACACACACACACACACACACACACACACACACACACACACACCUGCAGCUCCUGUCUCUCAUUUACAGAUAUUUAGUCUGGCAUACAAAACACACACACUGUCUGAAAAGUGCAGAAGCUGUCACAAAACAGAAGCCUCCAUGUCUUUAUUUCCACCAAUCAGAAACAGCUCUUUAUGGGUCAUGAAUGGUUACUGGUUGAUCCCCUUUCCGUACACCCUGAGGCUAUGUUGAAAUGGCCCACUACGUGAAAAGAGAUAUAAAAAAAUUCCAGGAUUGAGGUCAUGGAGUCCUUACAGCCUCCCUGUUGCUGCAGUUGGUGCUCGCCGUUUGAUGUACCUCUGCUUUUAUGUCAUUCAAACUAAUUUCUUUGUGACCUGAAAUCAGCAUGUAAACGCACAGACGGCACAGCUGGAGAUCCCAUCUCGAUUCCCCUUGAUGUUGAAACUUGGUCAUCUUUAAAACUUUUAAAAUAAAUGAAUCUGGAGGUUUUCACGCAUCUUAAACAAUGUGGAACUCGAGCUAAUAGCAGCUGAAUAUGUGAAAAUCGUAGCAGUUGUUUUUGCAGUCUGUUCCUGGGACAGAAGUAAAUAAAACCUAUGCAAAACAUUCGCAUGGGAUUUCCUAAUUAAUUCCUUCUAAUUCUCAGAGGCAUGCUAAUUCGCUUCUUCUGUUUUGGUCACAGCUUGACACCUGUGAGAAGCACGCUGAUCCGAGAUUUUACACAUUUCUACAGCCUUGAAAUGAAGCCAUGCUACAGCACUGUGGAUGAAUGAAUCAUGUUUCACUAUAUAUAUAUGAAGAAAUGGUGUUCAGUAUGUGUGAGUGUUAAUGUGACCAUUUUUUUUCUUUUUCCUUCCUGCUGUGCAAUGAUUCCCCCUGCUCGGUUUC